GGGCUCCCCCCGCCGCCGUGCGGAGGGGCCGGCGGAGAGCCGCGGAAGUGCACUUGCUGCAGCCAUUUCCUGCUCUUUGUGCGGGCGAGCGCGGAGCAUCCCGCGGCGCGGAGCGGAGCAUCGCACCCCGCAGAGCGCCAGUGCGGAGACUGAACAUCCGGAACCAUGACGACUCACGUCACCUUAGAGGAUGCCUUGUCCAAUGUGGACUUACUGGAGGAGCUGCCUCUCCCAGACCAGCAGCCAUGCAUCGAACCACCUCCAUCCUCCAUCAUGUACCAGGCUAAUUUUGACACCAACUUUGAAGACAGAAAUGCCUUUGUGACUGGCAUUGCCAGGUACAUCGAGCAGGCAACAGUGCACUCCAGCAUGAAUGAAAUGCUGGAGGAAGGCCAUGAGUAUGCUGUGAUGCUUUACACUUGGAGGAGCUGCUCACGAGCCAUCCCUCAGGUAAAAUGUAAUGAGCAGCCAAACCGAGUGGAGAUCUAUGAGAAGACAGUGGAAGUCCUGGAGCCAGAGGUCACCAAGCUUAUGAAGUUCAUGUAUUUUCAGCGCAAGGCUAUCGAGCGGUUCUGCAGCGAGGUGAAGCGCCUGUGCCACGCCGAGCGCAGGAAGGACUUUGUCUCUGAAGCCUAUCUCCUCACCCUGGGCAAGUUCAUUAACAUGUUUGCUGUCCUGGAUGAGCUGAAGAACAUGAAAUGCAGCGUCAAAAAUGACCAUUCUGCCUACAAAAGAGCUGCCCAGUUUCUACGGAAGAUGGCAGACCCUCAGUCGAUCCAGGAGUCCCAGAACCUCUCCAUGUUCCUGGCAAACCACAACCGCAUCACGCAGUGUCUGCACCAACAACUAGAGGUUAUCCCUGGCUAUGAGGAACUGCUGGCUGAUAUUGUCAACAUCUGUGUGGAUUACUAUGAAAACAAGAUGUACCUCACUCCCAGUGAGAAACACAUGCUCCUAAAGGUGAUGGGGUUUGGCCUGUAUCUCAUGGAUGGGAAUGUCAGCAACAUUUACAAGUUGGAUGCCAAGAAGAGAAUCAACCUUAGCAAAAUAGACAAAUUCUUCAAGCAGCUGCAGGUGGUUCCUUUAUUCGGCGAUAUGCAGAUAGAACUGGCCAGAUACAUUAAGACCAGUGCUCACUAUGAGGAGAACAAAUCCAAGUGGACAUGCACUCAGAGCAGCAUAAGUCCCCAGUACAACAUCUGUGAGCAGAUGGUCCAGAUUCGAGAUGACCACAUCCGCUUCAUCUCAGAGCUUGCUCGCUACAGCAACAGUGAGGUGGUCACUGGCUCAGGACUGGACAGCCAGAAAUCAGAUGAAGAAUACAGAGAGCUCUUCGAUCUCGCUUUACGGGGACUGCAGCUGUUGUCCAAGUGGAGUGCUCAUGUCAUGGAAGUGUACUCCUGGAAGCUGGUUCACCCCACAGAUAAAUUCUGUAACAAGGAUUGCCCAGGAACAGCAGAAGAGUAUGAGAGAGCCACCCGGUACAACUACACCAGUGAAGAGAAGUUUGCCUUUGUGGAGGUAAUUGCCAUGAUCAAAGGUUUGCAAGUGCUGAUGGGCCGGAUGGAGAGCGUCUUUAACCAAGCCAUCCGCAACACUAUUUACGCAGCCCUGCAGGACUUUGCCCAGGUGACCCUGCGAGAGCCACUCAGGCAGGCAGUCAGGAAGAAGAAGAAUGUUCUCAUCAGUGUCCUUCAGGCAAUUCGGAAGACAAUCUGUGACUGGGAGGGAGGGCGAGAGCCUCCGAAUGAUCCUUGCCUGAGAGGUGAGAAGGAUCCUAAAGGUGGAUUUGAUAUUAAAGUCCCACGACGAGCAGUAGGACCAUCAAGUACACAGCUUUACAUGGUGCGGACCAUGCUGGAGUCCCUCAUAGCAGACAAGAGUGGAUCAAAGAAGACUCUGAGGAGCAGCUUGGAUGGGCCAAUAGUCUUGGCCAUUGAGGAGUUCCACAAGCAGUCCUUCUUCUUCACCCACCUUCUCAACAUCAGUGAAGCUCUGCAGCAGUGCUGUGACUUGUCCCAGCUCUGGUUCCGGGAAUUCUUCCUGGAGCUGACCAUGGGCCGCCGCAUCCAGUUCCCCAUCGAAAUGUCCAUGCCCUGGAUCCUCACAGACCAUAUUCUGGAAACCAAAGAACCCUCCAUGAUGGAAUACGUACUGUAUCCCUUGGACCUCUAUAAUGACAGCGCAUACUAUGCCUUGACCAAGUUCAAAAAGCAGUUCCUGUAUGAUGAAAUUGAAGCUGAAGUCAACUUGUGCUUUGAUCAAUUUGUGUACAAGCUGGCAGAUCAGAUCUUUGCCUAUUAUAAAGCAAUGGCUGGCAGUGUUUUGUUGGACAAACGUUUCCGGGCUGAAUGUAAGAAUUACGGAGUGAUUAUUCCAUACCCACCAUCCAACCGCUACGAAACACUGCUCAAACAGAGGCACGUCCAGUUGCUAGGCAGAUCAAUUGACCUGAACAGGCUCAUUACCCAGCGUAUCUCAGCAGCGAUGUACAAAUCGUUAGACCAGGCCAUUAGCCGCUUUGAGAGCGAGGACCUGACAUCCAUAGUGGAGCUGGAGUGGCUCUUGGAGAUUAAUCGCCUGACGCACAGGUUGCUGUGCAAGCACAUGACUUUGGACAGCUUUGAUGCCAUGUUCCGGGAGGCCAACCACAACGUCUCCGCACCCUACGGGCGCAUCACCCUCCAUGUCUUCUGGGAGCUCAACUUCGACUUUCUUCCCAACUACUGCUACAAUGGAUCCACCAACAGGUUUGUGAGGACAGCAAUCCCCUUCACGCAGGAACCCCAACGGGACAAGCCAGCCAAUGUUCAGCCAUAUUACCUCUAUGGAUCCAAGCCUCUCAACAUUGCCUACAGUCACAUCUAUAGCUCCUACCGCAAUUUCGUGGGGCCACCUCAUUUCAAGACGAUCUGCAGGCUUCUUGGCUAUCAAGGCAUCGCAGUGGUCAUGGAAGAGCUGCUGAAGAUCGUCAAGAGCCUGCUACAAGGCACCAUCCUGCAGUACGUGAAGACUCUGAUUGAAGUAAUGCCCAAGAUAUGCCGCUUGCCAAGACAUGAAUAUGGCUCUCCAGGGAUCCUGGAGUUUUUCCACCAUCAGCUGAAGGAUAUCAUUGAGUAUGCAGAGCUGAAGACUGAUGUGUUCCAGAGCCUCAGAGAAGUGGGCAAUGCCAUUCUCUUCUGCCUCCUUAUUGAGCAGGCUUUGUCCCAGGAAGAAGUUUGUGAUUUGCUGCAUGCUGCUCCCUUCCAAAAUAUUUUGCCCAGGGUCUACAUCAAAGAAGGAGAACGCUUGGAGGUGCGCAUGAAGCGUCUCGAAGCCAAGUAUGCCCCACUUCACCUGGUUCCCUUAAUAGAGAGGCUGGGCACUCCGCAGCAAAUAGCCAUCGCCCGGGAGGGUGACUUGCUGACCAAGGAGCGUUUAUGCUGCGGGCUGUCCAUGUUUGAGGUGAUCCUGACGCGAAUCAGGAGCUACCUGCAGGACCCGAUCUGGCGCGGGCCGCCCCCGACAAACGGCGUCAUGCAUGUGGACGAGUGCGUGGAGUUCCACCGGCUCUGGAGUGCCAUGCAGUUCGUGUACUGCAUCCCCGUGGGCACCAACGAGUUCACUGCAGAGCAGUGCUUUGGAGAUGGUCUGAACUGGGCAGGUUGUUCUAUCAUUGUUCUCCUUGGACAGCAACGGCGCUUUGACCUCUUUGACUUCUGCUACCAUCUGCUGAAGGUGCAGAGGCAGGAUGGGAAGGAUGAGAUCAUUAAAAAUGUGCCCUUGAAGAAGAUGGCUGACAGGAUCAGGAAGUACCAGAUCCUAAACAACGAGAUUUUUGCCAUCCUGAACAAGUACAUGAAGUCAGUGGAAACAGACAGUUCCACAGUGGAGCACGUGCGCUGCUUCCAGCCCCCCAUCCACCAGUCGCUGGCCACCACCUGCUAGUGUGGACAUUGACCCUGUAUGGGUUGGGAAGGGAGAAGGGACUGAACCCAGAACAGCUGGGAGGGAUAAACUCGAUGGUGUGAAACCUGGCAACGAAGCAAGACUGGGUAUGCCUACUACACCCAAGGACACAUCUUCCCCCCAGCCCUGUUUGAGUGCAUGUUCUUCUGUGCCAUCCCUGUGAUCGGUUGUACUUGUAGCUUUCAGACUUGGGGGUGGGUGGGCGUGGGUGGGCAAAAUGUGCUUUUCUUCCAUGAAGUGGUCUGGUUUGUCCCUGUGAUUCAUCCAAGUGAGCACAUCACUCUGAAGCCAUAUUGCAGCCCCGAAUGUGGGGGUCCUGGUGGAGGAGCUCUGCGCAUCCGCAGCACCAGGAACUCACUCCCACCACACAAGCAAUGGGGCAAAUCAACACCCCCAGUGACAUGUGCCACCAGCCACCAAGCAGGAGGAGCUGAAGACAAGCCCCUGAUUCACUCUUCUGGGGGAAGAAGGAAUGAAGGCAAAAUGGCACCUGUGCCAGCACCUUGAGGAUCAAGUGAUGGGCACAGAGGAGCUGUGUUGAACUUGUCUUGGGUGGCUGCAUGCCCAGGCUGGAGCUAGCUUCAUGCUCUCUGCCAUUGGACCUUCUGGCAUCUGUUAAGGAGACCUUUGGCAUUUUGGGUUUUGGAAUUGUAGUGAUGCAGUCACCAAAUGCUCAGCACUUCAGAGAGGUGGAGAAAAAGAAAAUGGCUUAUCUUUUUCCCUGCUAUGGAACAUCCACUUUAAUGUAAAGGGUCCUCCCCUG